CCGCUCUCUCGCACAAUGCCAUCCCCAGCUCUGCUCGAGCUCGAUAAAAAUCGUAGGGCGUCAGUCAGCACAUCUUCACCGCUGGGACUCUCGUCUUUCACCUCGGGCCCAGCACAGACCGCCAGUGUACCUGAAGCCGUAGUCAAGGCUCCGGUGGUCGUCAAGUCGGAUGGAGAGGCAAAACUGUCCGUAAUCGAGGCAUCGAAGCGCCUAGCAGCUUGGACAGCAGUCGAUCAUCAUAUUCGCUCAGAACACAAGGUAAUCGGAAUCGGAUCAGGCUCGACGGUACCCUACGUUGUGGAACGAAUAGUAGCUCAAGGUAAGGAGCUGAAUAAAGAUCGUGUCUUCUUGCCUACUGGCUUCCAGUCGAAGGAGCUCAUCGUCAAAGCCAAUCUACGACUUGGCGAUGUCGACCAGUAUCCAAGUAUUGAUGUGACCAUUGAUGGUGCAGACGAAGUCGACCAUGAUCUGAACUGCAUAAAAGGCGGUGGAGCUUGUCACCUUCGAGAAAAGGUACUCGCCGAAGCUGCUGAGACAUGGAUUAUCGUCGCCGACUACCGCAAGAACUCAGAAGUACUAGGGACAACGUACAGACAGGGAGUUCCUAUCGAAGUUGCACCCUUCGCAUACGCGAAGCUGUUGCAAAACGUACAUCGGCUCGGUUCUGAGCAAGCAACAUUGAGAAUGGCAAAGGGAGGAAAAGCUGGUCCUGUUGUGACUGACAAUGGUAACUUUGUCAUUGAUGCUCCUUUUGAUCCGGAGACGAUGAGUGACCCGCAUGAGCUUCUGACUAAAAUUAAGAUGCUGACGGGUGUUGUUGAGGUCGGGCUUUUCUGCAAAAUGGCGCAAGCAGCCUAUUUCGGAAAUGCUGAUGGAAGUGUAACUAUCAAAUGGCACGAUGGCAAAGUAGAGCAGGUGGCGGGUUCAACUCACAACUCACCAGCUCUAAAUGGUGAACAAUAGAUUUUACUGUCUGACGUUUCGGAAUCGCAAUACUGUUUGUAAGUACUAUCGUACAGUCGAUGUAGAACCCUCAACUCUGUAGAUCAGCGUCCUCAAUCCAUGAUUUUGUAUAUUAUCCUAUCACAUUUAUCCCUCCUCUUCCAUCCUUUUGAUCACAUUCCUCCUGAAAAGCCGUCUUUUAUCAAUAACAGGGUGCAUCCUUAAGCUUCUUGGCCAUCUCUUUUAUUGUCUCGCGAGCCUCCACUUCACGCCUGGUGUCGCCAUUGCUAGCGGCCGCAAGUAAAUCUCUGAGGGCGACGUACGUCGUAUACCACAUUCGUUUCGUAUACUGUCUUGCAAAGACGAUGGGACUCCCGCCAUAUCCUUCAAGUAACGCGGUGCUGGGAGAGUGGAAGACACCUUCCAGCAAAGGAUCGCCCCAUAUUGCACCUUCCCAGCCGAUGAUACCUGUUAUUUCUCCUUCGUUUGGUGCCUUGAGGUUGAUGAAGACGCGAUCUCCCCACUCUUUUUCAGUGGACCAGAUAAGACAGGGUACUUCUACGUCAUCGAACAGGUAAAAACCGAUUGCACGGCCUAGGUAGCGACGUAAGUCCGGUAUAGGGAGGCCCUCUCCUCCAUCACAAUUAUCUUCAGCCUUCUUGAUAUCGCUGUUGGAACUUUCCUCGUGUCUCUUUGAGGUUAAUUCCUCCACUUCCCCGAGAGCCGUCUCAAGAAGCAAAGUAAACGCUUCUUGCCAGCUAUAACAUUCUUCCCAUUCCUUUUUAUCAUACGGGAGACCGAACCAGUCGUUUUGGAGUUCAUGCAGCGCGUGGAGGUAGACGCCCAGCCUUAAGUCUGCUGCUGCACGUAUGCGUACAGUAUCCGGGACUACCUUCUCUUCUUUAUUUUCUGACUGUAAUUCCGCUUGUGAUGGAGAAGUCGAAAGAGAGCUCAACGGAACUCCGGACGGAUGAGUGUAUAAUACGUAUGGGGACGAGAUUAUUGUGCCACUAUCGUCCCGUUUGAAGCAUGGCGGAAGUGGGAUAGCAGAUUGAGAAGAAAUAGUCUCGAAUAAGCUCGAUUG